AUGGCUGCAUCGAACUAUAUUGCACUCCUUAACACUGCGGAACAACCCAAAGAAGUUGGAGUUAUAGUUGAAUAUCUGCAACAAUGCCCAUUGGCAUAUGCGCUCCUUUCUACUUCUUCAAUUCCUCAAUAUCUUAUCUCAGACGUCGUUCCAACUGCAGUCAUCUCCCCAAGAGUAAAGUCAAAACAGUUUGAUGUUGAAUUUGAUCUUUUUCAAACUACAUUGGUUCUCCCUAAAGAAGAGUUCUCAUCCAUUUUAGGUCUACCAGAUAAUUCAAGUUCACCUAAGACAUUCGUCACACCGACUUCUGCUCAACUGUUGACGAUGUUCAAAGACAUGGGGUACAAAUUUGAAGACAACAGUGAACCAUGUCUCUCAAGAAUUAAGAAAUCUUGUCUUCCCACACCGUGGCACUUUCUUACCUCCGUCCUCACUCGAUGUCUCUUCGGAUCAGUUGGUGGACGCAGCAAAGGUAAAACAGACCUUUGGAUUCUUAUGUACGGGCUUUUCUAUGAUGUCAAUGUUGACUACACGUCUAUUCUUUGGGACGAUUUCCUUAACUUUCUCCCGGCCUCAAAGAAUAAGUUCCUCAUUCAUCAUCCUCGCUGGUGGUCAAUCAUUCUUCAUAAUGUCAUCAAUAAUAGCAAUCUUACAAUAGAUGGGAUUCCAGAAGGCCCAAAGCCACAAUUCUUGUGUAUGACCCUAUAUAGAAUGACAAUUGCAUCUACAUCUGAGUCUUCACAUCCAGUCAUCAUUCCAGAUACUAUAGUUGCAAAAAUAGAUGCAAAUAGUGCCUCUCUACGUUCAUAUCAGAAAUACAUCAAAGGCACUAUCUCACCUCCCAAAAAGAAGAGGAAGCACUCAGAUCAUGCAUCCAAGAAGUUGGCUAAAAAGAAAAAGCAAUCAAAGUUCGUUCCACAGCCUCCUAUUCCAUCCCCAGACGUCUCUGAUGAUAAUCAAGAAGCAGAAUUAGAUAAUCCUAUAUCUUCUCCUAAAUCUGGUACAACAUCUAAGUCACCCUCUUUCUUAGAUUCCUUAUUUCACGUUCCACGUGAUUAUGAUGAACCACCCUCAUCUGCUCCAGUUUCACCAGCACGCGUUCAGUCGGUUCUAGAAAGUCCAAACCAUCGUGCUUCCUUGGGUUAUGACUCAAUUGAUAAUGAUAACCAAGAUGAUGAUAACCAAUCCGACCCUGAAACCUUUCCUCAAGGUUCUCCUUUACAAGAUCAUCAAGAUGAGGAUACUCCAAUACAGACGGUAGAUAUCCCUUCCAGUGAAGGACUGAUAGUCGAUGAUGAGACAAGUGACAUGUCUAUUGUCCUUUACUCCAAUGCAUCUGCCAAAACCUUCAGCAUUGAUCUUGAUGACUACUCUCCUCCAACUCCAAAAGAGUCUCAAGAAAAGGAUGACGUUCAGGACGAUGAUACUCCUAAAGAAACAGAUGAAGCCAAUACCACAGAACCACAGUCUGAGCGCAUCAGACUUACUGCCCAAAUGGUAGCUGAUGGUAUUGCAGAGAUUCGCUUUCACACAUCUUCUCACUCUAAAUAUCUGUAG